AUGAGGAAUGAUUUUCUAAGUAAGGUAAAAUUAAUGCGAUUUAAUGCAAAUAUGAUUCAUGAUAACUGGUCAACGGAUUCAAAAAUCAAUGUAAAUGAAAGGCUCACUAAGAAUAGAAGAACAUCGUUUUCAAAAACUAAACUGGCUUGCAAGGAAAAACUUUACAAAUAUGUAUGGGUUAAUAAAGCGGAAAUAUUGGCUAAAAAGGAGGAUGGCGGAAAAACUCUAAGAAUCAAGUCAGACAAGGAUAUUAGUAAAUUGUAA